AUGACACCUUUGGAAAUGGCAAACGAAGCCCUCAACUCCACGCUUGAGGCUGUACAACCGCUGAUGAAGCGCUGUAUGAAAUUGAAGGAAAGUGACCCAACCGCGUUGAUAUUCUCCGAUGAGAUUGCCAGACGGGUGGCAAAAGAUUUGAAGCUUUAUGGGGGCGCCGCCACAUCGUUCUCCCCUCAGCUGCUGUCUUGCGCAGCCGUAGUACGGCAGCAUUCAAAAGCUGGGGCAUUUGUAUCAUUGCCCAACUGGAACUCCAUGGUCGACAACGACCCAUGUAUUAGGACACACCCAUGGUUCCACAAGACUGUAGGCUAUUGUCCUCCCCCCCGCACAUAUCCCAACGAAGAACCGGAACUCAGCAUGUCGUCAUCCACUGUCCUGGUGGAGCCGCAUUCAACUAGAGGGACCCUCAUAGAUAUAAUCCCAGCAUGUACACCUGAACAACUCAUGGCAUCAAAGGCCCCAGAUCUCAUUCAGUCGCUCCAUGUUGUCCCAGAGGCACAACCAAGCAUAUCUGAGUUGCCAUCUCCUGCUGCACCGCACUGCAACCCGCAUGCUCAUACUGGAACCACCGCCCCCAUGUUCCGUUUCAAUCACUCCCGUGACAGUCAGAUGAAAUUAUGGCAGGGCAACACACCGACUGGCGGGCCGCAGAAAAGGAAGCUGGAAACCGACGACAGCGAUCCCGAACCAAAUUUGGUAUCCCGGAAGCCGGUUCAGAAACAAAAGAGAACAUUUACGUCGGAUGAAGAGGGGAAAGGCACCACCGAUACCAUUCAUGUGAAGCAGAGGGCGUUGUCGGUGAAAGCCUGCAAUGCUGUGGCUUGGACAAACACACCACCAUUCGAAUAUGUGGAUGAGAGAGGUUUUUGGGAUGCAGAAUCCAGGCCGGCCGGAUGGGGUCUAGAUGCCACAGUUGCUACGGCGGCAGAGGUAGGCAGGCAAUCGAAUUUGAUUACAUAUUGCCUCACCUAUUCCAGCAUUCUGUUUGCUAUCAUCCCCGGAAAUGCGACAAAUGCAUCAAAAUGGAUGACUUAUGCACCCAAGUCACGCACUGCUGUCAAAACACAUGUUGUAUCAGCUCCUCCGAAGACAGCUAAACUGUCUGGACAUUUGUCCUCCCUUGCCCUGCAGAAAGUUAUGUUUGAGAACCCACCGAUUGAGGUUCAGCAAGAACCUCAGGGCGUGAUGCCGGAUGAUCCGAACAUGCAGGCAUCGUGUAAUAUACAGUCAUUCAGAUCUCUACAACUCCCACCGGUCGACAUGCCAGCACAUGUCAUACCAUCUGUGGCCACAUAUUACAGUGACCUAUCUCCGUAUAAUACGAGGGAACGGACAUGCAUAAUAUCCCGUAUGAUACGGGCCAGCGGACCAUGGGCCCAUGAUAAAAAUAUCCUCGACUAUGACGGAUGGGCCGGGAGGCAAAUUAUUCCCGAUGGAGACGGGUGGGCCCAUGCAGGGAAUAUAUAG